UUUCUGCUUUUAUCUUUAAAAUUAUUUAAAUUUUUUUAUUUAGCUGCUCAUAUGGAUGGUCCACAUACUUAUUGUUUUAGUAAUAAAAUGUCUACUAUGACUCCAAAGGUUGUUAUGUUUUCAAUGGACAUUUCUCAACCUAAUGCCCAUGCCCAGGAAGCUGAUGGAAAAAUUGAUGCGGAUGGUCAAAAACUUGAAGAAAUGAUUAGAGAAUUGUCAGCAAUGCUUACAGCAGUAAAACAUGAACAAGAAUAUAUGCAAGUUCGUGAUAGAGUGCAUCGUUCAAUAAAUGAAAAUACAAACAGCCGUGUUGUAAUUUGGGCAAUAUUUGAGGCAAUUUUGCUUGUUUCUAUGACUAUUGGACAAAUUUAUUAUUUAAAACGAUUUUUUGAAGUUAGAAGGGUUGUUUAAAUUUUUUUUAAAUUUUUUGGGAUUUGAAAAAAUUUUUUUUGUUGCUUUCUCUCUCAUUAUGGUCCUUUUUCCUAAUUAUUUAUUUUUAAAAGUUAGUUUCAGUUAUAUAUC